AUGCCGCCAAUGCUCAACAGCAGCAACGCGCACGCGCACAUGUCGCCGCCGUCCUCGCCUCGAGUGCGCAAAGUGGACGUCGAGUGCAGCAGCAGCAGCAGCAAGAGCAAAGGAGACCGAGACGUGGUUCAGUUCCUGCUCGACACGCUGCAGCAGCGCGUGACCAUCGCGUCAAUGCGCUCGCUCUUCAGCUGCGCGGGCGUCGGCGAGACGGAGCCGUUCAACCUGCCGCCGCAGCACCGCAUGCUGGCGCGCAUGAAGACCAACGCCAACUACUUCCUGACCAACUACCUGCUGCUCACCGUCGGCGUCUUCGCCUUCCUGCUGAUGUUCUUCCAUCCGAUUCAGCUGCUGGUGUGCAUCGUGGUGGGCUACGGGUGGCACGUGUUUCUCACCAAGAAGGAGAUCCCGACCGACAAGUUCGAGGUCUUUGGGCGGCGACUGAGUGAGCAGGACAUUCUGCUCGCGGCGACAGGAUCGACGAUGGUGUUCCUGCUCUUCUUCGUUCUGCCGUCGGUUAUCUUCGCGUUAUCCGUGUCAUCGCUGGCUAGUGCGGCGCACGCGUUGCUGCGCAACAACCGGCUCAAAGACGACUCGUUUGAAUCUCGACAGGGCUCGGUUGCUGCUUCUAAGGCGGAGGAGCUGGUGUAG